UUUAUACUGAUUAAUUUUAGAAUGUUUACUGUAUGAUAUUCUCUACUUCUCAAAAAUGUUGUUAAACAGGAAUGUUAGUGAUAAAAUAUGUUUUAUUAUGCUGUCAGUAAUUAUUAAUUAAUUAUUACUGAUCUUAUUUAUUAUUGAUCACAAAGACAUUUCACAAGACCUACAGUUAUUUUGAUUAUUUGCAAGUAAUAAGUACACAGACACAUAUACAGUUUAAACGAAAUAAUCUAUUUUACAAAUGAUAAACAAUAAUGAUAUCUAUAAAAAUAAGUGAACAUACUAUAGUUGUUGCCCGGCCGCACGUGAUUUUCAAAAUCCUGAACAAUGUACUGGAACGAGUUGAAUCCUCAGAAACGUAAUAUUUUGUUUAAGUUUGACAAUUCAGACAUUAAAAAAGACAAGGACCGAAUACUAAUAAAACUUAAAACAAAUGUAUUCAAUUUCGUUAAUUUGUUUUUUUCAUCUUCCAAUAUACAUGGUCUUAACCACUUGACUGACAAAAGAAGACAUUACAUCGAAAAAUUAAUUUGGGUCAUUGCAAUAUGUUUGAGUAUUUAUGGUUCAGCAAUAUUAGGUUCGUCCACUUGGAAUCGUUAUCAAGAAAAUCCAACUGUGAUAUCUAUGGACAGAGAAUACAAGGAAUGGGCUACUGCACUUCCAGCAGUCACUUUAUGUCCUAUAAACAAAAUUGAUGAUCAACUUUUCGAUGAACUCGUACAGAAAAAGUUUUCAAAUUACACAGACGAGGAGAAAGAAGAAUUACGAACGUUCCUGGUUUUGUUGGCGAACGCCACUUACGGUACGUUUAAAGAAGUGCCUGUAUAUGAUAGGAUAUCGCCGAAUGACUAUUUGGAUUACGUUAUGUCACUGAGUGGUAGUGUAUCAUACACAAUCAGCAAUAGUCACGUGGAUAUAUUUUCGUCGAUCGAAUUGGUGCCCAGCGUAACCGAAUUAGGCUUAUGUUAUUCGUACAAUGGGUAUAUUGCGCCAUACAACGAUUACAAAUAUUGGAAAAACCGCAACAUUAGUGAGUUUCCGAAGAUAGAAGUAAUGUCGGGCACCCCGUUAGACGGGGAUAUUUUCGUUCAAAUAACGUCCAUGAAUUUUGGUUACAUGGGAUUUGUGCACUCUCCUUACGAAGCACCCGAUGUGGCGUGCCGUAUUUUUCCAUCACCGGAAAAUUUCUACAAAACACUGGACGUGACUGCGCUGAGUAUAUUCAGUACGCCUGAAAUCAAAUAUCUCUCUCCCAGGCAGAGGGGCUGCCGGUUCUUGGAAGAGAGCGAUUUGGAAAUAAGUCCGGAAAUGUAUACGUACAAUAUGUGCCGGAACCAGUGUCGAAUGGACCAAGCGCGAAAACUAUGCGGAUGUGUUCCCUACUUUUACAGACCACUGAAAAAAUAUAAAAUAUGCGAUGUCGAAGGAAUGCAUUGUUUGGAUCAAUAUAAAGAAUUUCUUAUAAAACUUCGGAAUACAACAAGCGUUGAUGAAAAAGUAAACUGUGGCUGUUUCCCACCUUGUGAUGAUGUUAAUUAUAUCGUAGAAGGUGACAACACAAUUCAAUGGUUCCUAGGAACUAAUUUGAAGUGGGGACUUAUCAAGUAUCCUCGUAUGCGUUUGAAGAGAAACGUUCUUUUCGGUUUCACCGAUGUUUUAGUUUCGAUUGGAGGCACUGCUGGACUAUUUCUUGGAUGUUCGGUUUUAAGUUUCUUGGAGAUAAUUUAUUUCUUUAUAUUUCGUCUAGCAUUUACGUCCUUGUAUAAGAAAUAAGAAACAUUUUUAUUAGUAAUAGUAUUCCACUACACAUUCUAUUAAUCAUAUUGUUUUUAACUACCUAUCUCUAUUAUUUGUAAAUACAAGACAAAUAAGUAGAUUUUGGAAAGUUUUAACUUUAGUUAAGUUUAUUUUUACGUUAUUAUAAUUUUGAGAUUUCAGUUUUCACAUAGAAUAGUAAUAACUAAUCAAUAUAAAAUAAACCAAUUGAAAAUUGCUAA